AUGACCGCAUUCAUCAUCGCAGCGAUACACAUAAACCUUUGCAUCGGAACUCUCUGCUCUUUCGUCAAAAAGCGCCCCGAUCUGCAAGACUUACUCGAUAAACUCUUGAACUUUGAUGUUUGUGGUGAAUUCAUGUUGACCGAGGUUAGUCAUGGCUUGGAUGCUCGCAACCUGGAAACAACUGCAACGCUGCUGCCGGACGGCUCCUACGACUUGGAUACUCCUCAUGCAGGGGCUUCAAAAGCGAUGCCUCCGACAACACCGUACUGCGAAAUGCCUCGCGUCGCCAUAGUGUUCGCUCGGCUCAUGAUUGACGGCGAGAGUCAUGGCGUGAAACCCUUCAUUGUGUUCCUCAGCGAUGCAAGGGGAAUGAGGCCCGGGAUUACAUCACGUAUUCUUCCUACAAGACCGGGUACGAAACCGCUGGACCACUCUCUGACAACUUUUGAUCAUGUGGAUCUGCCCUCAUCGGCGUUACUUAGCUCCUCUUCGAAACCAAAGAACGACCGUGUUGAGUUUCUACGACAGAUCUGGCGUAUAGCAGCUGGAACGCUGUCUCUCUCCAUCAUGGGCAUUUCGGCUAUCAAGGUCAGCACACGUAUAGCUGCUGUUUAUAGCGAAAGAAGGACUAUCACAGCCACCGAUGUGCAAGCAAGAAAGAAGAUUAUGAGUUUCACUACUCAACAACAGCCUAUUGUCGAGGGAUGGGUUCAGGGGAAGGUCUUGCAUGCAUUCGCUCAUUGGACCAUAAACAUGUGUCCUGAUCUAACUGACCCCAUGCAGCACGCCCUUGCCACCAUUUUCAAGGCGACCGUAGUGAGAGCCUCUCAAGUCCUGAGGUCUCUUGGCGAAAGAUGCGGGUGGCAAGGUCUUUUCGCGUACAAUCAGAUAAGCGAGCUGGAUCUAACGUUUCACGGAAAUUCAAUUGCCGAAGGUGAUACAUUGGUGUUGUGCAUUCGCUUCAUGUCAGAGUUUCUGGGAGGGAAAUUAGAUCUCCCACAGGCACGAAACAGAACGUCUCGCGUGGCCCAACGCGAGGAAGAGUUACUGGCAGACAUGAAAACGCGGCUUGAGAGAGUCGGGGGUUAUGAAGAACAUCGUGGCGCUGCAUUUGAUCGUCACAUUCUACCUCGAUGCCGAUCGCUGGCCGAAGCAAUUGGGCAUCGCAUGGCCUACGAGGCUGCCGAGAGCGCAGGGCUUUCGUUGGAUGUGCUGUUGUUGUAUGAGCGAAUCUGCUUGUGUGAGGAUUUGGAUCCUAUGCCUGCGCCUGUGCGAGCGGCGCAGGUAUAUGCACCCUCUCGAGCUUCUGAGUCUUACAAUGCCGUCCUCGCCCAGAUCAGAUCCGAAUCUGCUUCCCAAUCUGAUAUAGACGAGUACGUGAUAGCACCUAUCACCUCUGACGAAUCGUGGGAAGCAUUUAUGAACAGUCUACGUGCGUUCAGAAACCCGGACGAUAUUCCAGUGCUCCCCUCAAAACUAUAA